AUGAAAGAUACAGCAUACACCUCACAACAUCUCAAUGCUCACACGGACACAACGUACUUUACUGACCCUGCCGGACUUCAACUCUUCCACAUCCUAUCUCACACUGAUGGAACGGGCGGGGAGACGCUACUGGUUGACGGGUUCAAAGCCGCUCGUACUCUGCUUGAAGAAGAUCCCGCGGCCUACCAGGCGCUUAGUGAUAUCAAAAUCAGCUCGCAUUCCAGUGGAAACGAAGAUGUCUGUAUACAGCCAGCCACCUCGUUCUCGGUAUUGAAUCACAUGAGUGAUUCAUCUGAGUUGUACCAGAUUCGGUGGAACAACGAUGACCGUGCACCAGGAAAAGGGAACUCGCUGGAAACCAUCUAUCGUUGGUACCAGGCUGCAAAAAAAUGGAAUGCAAUCCUCAAGCGGCCUGAUAUGGAGAUCUGGCUCAAACUUGAACCAGGGACACCCCUCAGUAAGUGUCUCCUCCCUAGGGUGAAAAUAAUCGAAAAAGAGGGUAAGCUAACUGCAUUCCAUCAUCCAGUAUUCGAUAACUGGAGAAUUCUCCACGGCCGCUCUGCCUUCACCGGGAAGAGGCGGAUGUGUGGUGGUUAUAGUGAGUACUCCAGAAACACCUAA